AGCAUGGCCCUGCUGACGGAGGAGGCCUGCUCCAGCCUUCCCCGCCAUCGCAGGGCGAGGAGCGGGGCGGCCGUGGCCAUGCUGCGCCCCAAAGCCCUGACGCAGGUGCUGAGCCAGGCCAACACCGGCGGGGUCCAGAGCACCCUGCUCCUGAACAAUGAGGGGUCCUUGCUUGCCUAUUCGGGCUACGGGGACACUGAUGCCAGGGUCACCGCGGCCAUCGCCAGCAACAUCUGGGUGGCCUACGACAAGAACGGGCACCAGGCAUUCAAUGAGGACAACCUCAAAUUCAUCCUCAUGGACUGCAUGGAGGGGCGAGUGGCCAUCACACAGGUGGCAAACCUGCUGCUCUGCAUGUACGCGAAGGAGACAGUUGGAUUUGGGAUGCUGAAGGCCAAGAGGCUCCUCUGUCCCCCGUGCCAGCCCAGGCACCGCACUACACCUUUUUAAGGCUCUAAAAUGAAAUA